UUCAGUCCAUUAUUAUUAUUUUGAUCUAUAGUGAAAAAGUUAGUCCAUCCGCCCGGUCGACAGCAGACAAUAUUGGUUCAUGCUGCCCAUUAUUGAUCUGGCGACGAAGCAAUAACUACCGUCUGGCCAACUCGAGAAACAUCGAUUGCUUAUUUUCAACAGAAUCCAAUCGCAACUUGAUUCCAUUCAAGAUGGAAAUGUGGGCACAGUCAUAUUGGCCCGCCGUGUACGACUAUCACAGUUACGAUAUUUACGAUAAAAUGCAUCAUUACAGGCAAGUAACGUAUCAGCAGCUCCCGGUUUACCGAGUUCCACCUGUCUUUCGCACCGCAAAAACCACCCCGACACCUCCAAGCGAUUCUCAUUCCUCCAUCGGGUCUGAUGUACGGACAGCAUCUCCACACCGUACGGCGGAAUUCCCCCGAUUGGAUGGAAGUUUUGACCGGCAGCGGUGUCGGGUUUCAGCGGUGGACGUGGAAUCGGUUGAACGGACGAAAGAGACAAGACAGGUGCGAUGUGGCUCACUGGGAGCCGGGGACGGUGGAAAGACUGAAGCGAGCUCGAGGCGAGAAUCAACCCCUCAUAGGACGGGGAACGAUACGCCAGACACUCACUCAUUCUGCAGGGUACUGACUUUCCAAGACCCAAAUGGUCGACCCCGCGAGAUGGUCUUCCCUAAGGCGUUAGAUCUGGAUCGUCCCAAGAGAGCACGCACGAGUUUCACGUCGUAUCAACUGGAGCAGCUGGAGAAGGAGUUUAAGUGCAACCAGUACAUGGUGGGAAGGGAUCGAGCUCGACUGGCGACCAACCUCGAUUUGACAGAAACUCAGGUCAAAGUUUGGUUUCAGAACCGCCGGACCAAGUUCAAGAGAGAACAGUGCAAAGCAGCGGAGUUCAAAGAGAAGAACGCCGAGAGCAUUGCUGCUUGUAACAUUCUGAAAUUGCUGCAGAGCCAACAAGGAGAUACGGCAACAGUGCCCUCUGUCGGAUCUGUCAGUCCAAUUCGAAACCGCCUGAUGACGUCAUGGUGACAUACGCAAUGAAGUCAGAAAUCUUUUGCGACAGCUUCGUGCAUCAGCAAAGGUGGCCUCCCGAACGAAAAACGGGCUGCUAUUGCAUCAAAGAAGCAUUGUGUACAUGUAAUGAGUUACUGCUCGACUGACUCUAAAAGAAACGGAUUAGCAGGGACUUGGGGCAAGAAAGUUCUUUAUCACUUGAGAAGGGCCCGGUUCAGUUUGACGUGUGAGAUCUUCGUCGAUUUUCUGUCUGCGUUAUGAUGGUUGGAGACUUAAGGAAAGUGAGAGCUCAGGUUGCAGAAUUGAUGGAUAAAUUGAACCGAUCAAAGAUCCUUUGUUUGACCUUUUGACAGAAAAAAAGAUAUGAACAAUGAAUUAUUGAACAAGUGAUCGAGGUUAUUUUAUAAAAGGAAAAGGUACUAGAGAGUUUUUGCCUGAAGUUGUUCCAAAAAUGUUAUUGGUACAUGUUUUUAUUUGAACUGUCGGUUGUGGGAUGCAGGCGACGUACGUACGAGUAAAUUUAUUGAAGUAAAAUCCCUACUUAUUUUUUUUGUCAUUUGAUAUCGGCCAUUGUUAAAGACAAUUAUUCGUUAAUCGUUUGAUAAUUUCUUUCAAUGGCGUAGUAAAAAAAUCAUCAU